AUGGUCUGUGUUUACUGCUGUGAGAGCAUCAGUGACGGUCCAUCUUAUAGAAAGCAUAUGACGGACGAGCAUCCGACCUUCAAAGUUCGAAUGGCGUUCGCGCAUGUCACGGAAGGCUUCAUCAAAGCUGACAUUACGGAACUCAAUUGUCGCAUAUGCUUCACCCCCUUUGAGAACCUCGAGGACACUGCCCAACAUCUCCGCGAUAUUCACCAGAAACCUAUAGACCCGAAGUUGGAUCUUGGCAUCCAACCGUUCAAACUGUAUGGUGAUAGACUUCAGUGCGCGUUGUGUUCGGCCAAAUCUAUAUGUCUCCGGCAACUCAGUCGGCACACCCAAUCCCACUUCUCAAAGUUCACUUGCGAGGCUUGUGGGAAGUCUUACUCCACAAUUACUACUUUGAAGCACCACAUCGCUUACUCGCACAGCGGUGGUAACAAACGCUGUCGGAAGUGCAAAGCCACCUUCGAUACCCUGGAGGCUAGACGAGAACACGUGUAUUCCUCGAAAAAGUGUUGGACAAACAUGUGCAACUUUUGCAACGAACGCUUCCUCAACUGGAAGACAAAGCAAGAGCAUCUAGUUCAGGUGCACGGCGUGUCCAAGAAGACCUAUAUCUGUCCAGAAUGUCCGUUGGUUUUCGAGGACAGGAAAAAGUAUAGGACUCAUUUCAAACUGUCCCAUACGGAGGAUAUAUACGUGUGUACGUGUUGCGGCCUCAAGUUCGAUACGAAGAAGAACUUGGACGAGCACAGAGUAAUUCAUACCAAGGAGAAGUUGUUCCCGUGUCCGGUUUGCUCGAAGGCGUUUCCUAGGAAGAAGAAUCUUGUGCAGCAUCUCUGGAUUCAUAGUGAACUAAAGCGUUUCGGUUGUACGCUUUGUAAUAAGCAAUUCAAUCAGCGCGUAACUUGGAAGAGCCACAUGAAAUCCUACCAUCCAGAUAUAGAAGAUUACCAGGAUAUGGUUAAUAAGAAUGUAAAAAUUCUACUCAGCGUGAAUAAGAAUGACGAUUAG